AUGUCCCUCAAGAUAAUCCACACUAGGUCCGAUGGCACCAAAGUCCCUCUCAAGGUGUCUAUCUGGGAUGCAUUCAAGGGUGUACCGGAUCGUAAGCCUCGGAAGGUCCAGCCAACCAAGUGUCCAUGCUGCGGGAAAGUUCACUGCGCCACACCCAAGCCAGGUACCAAGGAUGAGGUGAAGUCCAAAGACAACCACAAUACUAAGGGCAAAAACGGUGGCGAGAAACACGAUGCUGGGCUCACCGAUGAUGACCGCAUCAUCCUACGCAUGAAGGGAAACGAUCCGUCCGCGUCAUGGAAGGAUAUCAUGGCGGCAACAAGCACGUUCAAGCAUCCCGGUGAAGUGAAGGCGCGCUUCCGAGACAUCAAACACCACCUGGACGAGGAGAGCAAGGAGGUCAGCGACGGGAACAAGAAGAACGGCAAGGUCACGGCAAAGGAGGAGAUUGCCAGAUUGCGCAAGGAAGAGGGUCUGAGGAGGAAGGCGGAAAAAGAGGCUGCUAGGGAGGCCGAGAGCAAAGCCAAGAAGGGAGAAGAGGAGAAGGCCAAGGAAGAGGCUGCGAAGAAGGAGGACGACGAGAAGUCAACAAAGACAGCGAAAGCGAGGAGGGACAAGGACAAAAACAGAGGAAUAGUACUCGCGGCCAAGCACUUCGACAGGACCGGUGUGCGCAUCACUCCGCGAGAAGCCCUCAAAUUGGCGGAGGGGAAGUAG